AUGCAGGUGCUGUUCUUUGACAGGAUUGGCUGGCCUACAUCUCUGCCAACUAGCGAGAAAGGAUCAUUUACAAAAAGUGUUCUUCGUGAGAAGUUGAAAGCUUUGGAAAAGCUCUCUGCUUCUGAUGACUUACCACUGCGUCCUGGAGUUGAGAAGUUCAUCGAUGAUGCACUUGGUGAGGGUGUGCCUGUAGCCAUAUUGGCAACAUAUGGCAGAAAUGGAGAGAAGAUUUCAAGAUCAAUAGUUGAGAAGUUAGGCCCUGAGAGAACGUCGAAAAUAAACAUUGUUGGAAAAGACGAGGUUGAAAGAAGUCUUUAUGGGCAGCUUGUUCUUGGUGAAGGAGUUGCCUCCAGUUUGGAUGAACAACUUACCAAGGAAGUACAAAAGGCUGCUUCUGCAGAGAAACAGAGGAUAGCAGAAGAGGUUGCAUCACUUCUAAAACUCAGUGUUGACAUUAACACACCAUCUAAAAGUUCCGAGAAGAUAAUAGCCACGCUGCGAGCUGGGGCCGAAUAUGUGGGAUGCGAUGUGCAAAACUGCAUCCUUGUAGCGGGUAGCCAACCUAGCGUCAUCGCAGCUGAGCGCAUUGGCAUGCCGUGCAUAGUUGUCCGAAGCAGCCUAACCGCUAGAGCAGAAUUUCACUCUGCAAAGGCCAUCAUGGAUGGAUUCGGUGACACGGACUUGACAAUAUCAAAACUACUGAGUAAGAGGUGGUCUUAAUACCAUUGCAAACUAGGCAUUGGAUGUGAGUUCCCUGCAAUCAGUCUCUAACCGACCGACUGCAUGAUGAUUCGAAACGUGGCUUGAUGUAAACCCGAGGUAGCAAAACUAGGCUUUAUGUAAUGCUGAGCUUGCGGCAGAAAGUUACAAUAAGCACCAGCUGCUUUGUGUUUUUGUUGUGAUUGUACCCGUGAAGUAUUGAACUUUUGAACUAUUACUCGCUCGA